AUGCAGCAAACAGCAGAGACGUUAACACAAUCAGCAGCAGCAGAAGCAGGAGAAGCAGCAGCAGGAGAAGCAGCAGCAGCAGAAGCGGCAGCAGACGCAGCAGGAUCGCCAUUAAGAGCAGCAGCAACAGUAACAGCACAGCAGAAGCACCAUCAACAGCAGCAAGAGCAGCAUCAUCCGCAGCAGCAUCAGUAUCUACAGCCGCAGCAGCAAGAGCAGCAGCAGGAGCAACAGCAACGUGAGCAGCAGCACCCUGAGGGGCAGCAGCAGCAGCUGGGGCAAAGGUUCCUCAGUAGCAGCAGCAGCGUGAGCAGCAGCAGCAUGAGCAGCAGCAGCAGUGUAAGCAGCUUGAGCACCACCAGCAGCAACCCCCACAGCAGCGUAAGCAGCAGCAGCAGCACCCGCAGCAGCAUAAGCAGCUGCAACAGCAGCAGCAGCACCGUAAGCAGCAACAGCAGCACCCGCAGCAGCAUUAGCAGCCGCAGCAGCUUAACCAGCAGCAGCCCCCGCAGCAGCCCUAGCGGCGUGAGGAGCAGCAGCAGCAGCAGCAGCAUCAGCAACAAUCGGAAUAAACAAUGCAGCAGCAGCAACAGCAACAGCAGCGGAGGGCUCUUCUUAUCCCUCAUCCUUGCAGACAAGUUUUCUGCUGUUGUACUGUGGGGACCCACGCAGCAGCAGCAACAGCAACAACAGCAGCAAGACCAGCAGCAACAGCAACAACAGCAGCAAGACCAGCAGCAGCAGCAACAGCAGAAGCAGCAGCAACAGCAGCACUGUGCAUGCAACAGCAGCAGCAGCAGCAACUGCAGCAGCAACAGCAACGCCAACAGCAGCAGCAGCAGCGACAGCAACAGCAGCAGCAACGACAGCAGCAGACUCCCGCAUCACUUUGUAGCCUUACUACCUGAUUUCUCACCAUCUCGAGGAGCAGCUGCAGCACGGGUACCAGGAGCAGCAGCAGCAGAAGAAGCAGCAGCAGCAGCAGAAGAAGCAGCAGCAGCAGCAGCCAGUGUUUUUUUGAGAGUAGCAGCAUUGGGGCAGCAGCAGGGCCCUGCUUCCUGCUGCUUAGCUGCCGGUGCUGCAGCAACCGAAGGAGCGGCAGCAGCAGCGCCACCACCACCGCCAGCAGCAGCAGCAGCACCACAAGAAGCAGCAGCAGACGCAGCAGCAGCAGAAGCAGCAUCACCAGAAGCUGUAGCAGCAGACACAGCAGCAGCAGCACCACCACCACCACCAGAAGCAGCAGCAGCAGACGCAGCAGCACCAGCACCAGCAUCAGCACCAGAAGCAGCAGCAACAGCAGCACCACCAGAAGCAUCAGCAGUAGCAUCAGCAGACGCAGGAGCAGGAGCAGCAGCAGCAGCAGCAGCAACAACAAUGAUUCCUAUGCAUCGGCCGAUCUCUCGGCCCCUUCAUCCGCCUUACAUUGAAUUUGAGGUGCCUCCGCAGACAGACGAAGAAGCAGCACAAAGAAUGCGUCAGCAGCUCGAGGAGGAGCGUUUGCUGCAGGGCGAGAGGAGCUUCAUUCCAUACAUUUAUUGUUUUUAUGUCUCUUUAUUAAUUAUCCAGUUUGCUGUCUUCCUCGGCCUCAUCGUUGCAUACAGAGGCGACUGGGAUGCCCCGACGAUUCAUUGA